GCCGGUCCCAAGCACGGAUAAAGGAGGAGGGUUGGGCAUGGGGUUAGCGUCCCCAUCCCGUAGAAAACUAACUCGCUAAAAAAACGCUAGCCAGAAAAAUUAACUCAAACCAUUUAAACUCUGCCCUGGGAGUUAGAAGGUCUUAAUUUAGAAGAAAUAUGACGCCUCAGGGUGAAAGUCAUGAGGCCGAUGCCCCUUCUAACAACCAGAGCAACAAUUUUUAUAGGUACAUGGAACGUCCGGAAAAUGUGGGAGACCAGAAAGACCAAUCAAAUAGCAACGGAAAUGAGGAGAUACAACUUGGCAGCACUGAGAAUCAGCGAAACCCAUUGGACCCAAGCUGGACAACAAAAGGCUAAAUACGGGAGAGAUGCUGCUAUACUCCGGUCACGAAGAGGAAAAUGCUCCACACACUCAGGGAGUUGCUCUAAUGCUGUCCAAAGUAGCACAAAAUGCACUUGUAGGAUGGGAAUCUCACGGAUCCAGAAUCAUCAAAGCGUCAUUCAAAACAAAGAAGGAGGGGAUCACAAUGAGCAUUAUCCAGUGUAAUGCACACACCAAUGAUAGCAACGACGAAGUUAAAGAUAAAUUCUAUGAGAGGCUGCAAUCAAUCAUAGAGAAGUGCCCGAGAAAGGACCUCACCAUUCUGAUGGGAGAUCUAAACGCCAAAGUCGGAAUAGACAACACCGGAUAUGAAGAUAUCAUGGGACUGCAUGGACUGGGAGAGAGGAAUGAAAACGGGGAAAGAUUUGUAAAUCUGUGUGCAUUCAACAAAUUGGUCAUAGGCGGCACAAUAUUUCCACACAAACGUAUACACAAAGCUACAUGGAUCUCACCGGACCACUCCACAGAGAACCAGAUAGAUCACAUUUGCAUCAAUAAAAAGUUACGAAGGACAAUGGAAGAUGUGAGAACCAGGAGAGGAGCGGACACAGCUUCAGAUCAUCACUUGGUUGUGGCCAAUUUAAAACUGAAGCUAAAGAAGAACUGGACAAACAGCUCUGCAAAGAUUCAAUACAGCCUUCCUUCGAGAUACUGACAAACUCAAUGAAUUCAAGAUAGCUCUCAACAACAGGUUCCAAGCCCUACAGGAUCUACUGAAGGAAGAAGAUACUACUAUGGAGGAUAACUGGAAAGGUAUCAAAGAAGCAUUAACUUCAACGUGUCAAGAGGUUCUGGGCCCCAAGAAGCAUCAUCACAAGGAAUGAAUUUCUAUAGAAACACUGGACCGGAUCAAAGAAAGAAAGAACAAGAAGACAGCAACUAACAAUAGUCGAACACGAGCACAGAAAGUUCAAGCACAAGCUGAGUACAUAGAAGCAAACAAGCAAGUGAAGAAGAGCAUUAGAGCCGAC